GCUUCCUGUGAUUCUGGGUGGUUUACAAUAGAACAAUAUUUUCUUUUCUUCCGCAGAGGUUCCAGCCCAGCCCCAUUGGGAGAAAGCAGCAUGAUGAGCAGCGGCUGCCCAGGUGCCCUCUAGGUCUGGCCAGCUUGUCUAGGUCCAAGGCAGCACGAUGGCUUCGGUUGUGGAGCUCAUGGACAGCAGCCAUUCCAGUUCCCUUCUGAUCCAGCUGAACGAGCAGCGGCUGCACAGGCAGUUCUGUGACAUCACCAUCAUCGCCGAAGACACCAAGUUCAAGGCCCACAAAAACAUCCUCGCGGCCUCCAGCCCCUACUUCAAGGAGGUCCUCUCCGAGGAAUCAGCGUCUCACCAGCCACGCCAGAUCCUGGAACUUCCCAACAUCCAGGCAAAAAUCUUCUCGGACAUUUUGAACUUCAUUUAUAACUCUCGACUCUCGGUGCCCAGUCCGGCUGUUGCCAAGGAGAUUGGGGCAGUGGGGCGGCGGCUGGGUAUCUCCUGCUUGGAGAACCUGGAUGGCCCCCUGGUGGAGGUUAAGAUGGACCGUCCCAGCAUGUCCUCCCCUCAAGGGUGUGACUCCCCCAUUGACCUCACCUGCUCUUCCCAUUCCACAGAACCCUCCAGCCCUGUUUGCUUGCAGGAUUUGACCAAAGUGUACAGCCCUAGGCAGGACCCCCGCCCUGACUCUGAAACCGAAAUGGCCAAGAUCCUCUACAACCUGAACUCCAUCGUGGCUGUACCGCUGCCCACUGCCUCCGAUCUGACCUUGCUGAAGGAAAAUGUCAGUUGGGACCCCAACCUCUCCAGGACUCCUGCCUCUUCUGUCAACCCAAACAACGGGGUGCCGGUGUCCGCCUCUUCUUCCUCCUCCCCCUCGUCCCCCUCUGGGGCUUCCUUCCCAGUCAGCAGCACCUUCUGCUGUGGGAGCUGCAACCGGACCUUUGCGACAUCCUCGGCCCUCAGCCUCCAUGCGAAGCUCCACCGGACGCGGCGUUGGCUCUCCUGCCGCCACUGCGGCAAAAGUUUCAUCCACAUCAAGCAGCUGCAGAUGCACGAAGUCUUGUGCAAGGAGGGGGAGAAACCGAAAGUGGGGGACCCCACCGACAAGGCACCCGCCAGCCCGGAGUUACCUUCCAAGCCGACGGUAGCAGCAGCCUCUUCCAAAAAGGGGAUGGUUUUCUGCCACCGGGGCCCACCGCGCGUGGAUUAUCUGUCCAACCAAGACCAUUACAUCAAAGUGGUAGACGGGCACAUCAUCUACUUCUGCACCAUCUGCGAGCGGUCAUACAUGACCCUCUCCAGCCUCAAGCGUCACUCCAAUGUCCAUUCUUGGCGCCGCAAGUACCCAUGCCGUUACUGCGACAAAGUGUUCGCCCUGGCCGAGUACCGCACCAAGCAUGAGGUCUGGCACACCGGGGAACGUCGCUACCAGUGCAUCUUCUGCUGGGAAACCUUUGUGACUUACUACAACAUGAAGACUCAUCAGAAAGCCUUCCACGGCAUCAAUCCUGGCCUCAUCUCCUCAGAGAAGACCCCCAAUGGGGGUUACAAGCCUAAACUGAACGCGUUGAAACUCUACCGCCUCUUGCCCAUGCGCUCCCAGAAGAGGCCGUAUAAAACAUACAGCCAGGCAGUGGCGCCCAAGGACCUUCUGCACCCAACACGCACCGUCCCCAUGACCCUGGGGGAGGGUGACCCCUUGGAUGGAAACUUGGUCUCCUCCUUGAGUGCCAGUGACGUGGCCUCUGUGUUCACCACCACAAACGCCUCUUUAGAAUUGCCCGAGGUCGAACGCGCCCACCAGCAGGAAACCACAAGCACUGAGGAGACGUCUGUCUUUCUGAUUCCUGGUGAGGAGGGCCAGCUGGACAAGCCGCCCCGGUCUUUGAGCACAGAGGCGCCCACCAUCAUUGCCUAUGGGCACCCCACCUCUUCUGUGAUCGUUCAUAGCACCUCGGUGAAAGCCCAGGCUCCUUCCGUGAUCACAUACAACAGCACAUCUGAUGCCCCGUUGAACGUGGGGACUCCGCCGUCGCUGUUCCAGUUGGAGUCCCCUUCUCCAGCUGUAACUAAACCCAUUAAGAAGCAGUCACAGAAGAUAGAGGAGCAGGCUUUGGAAGAGGACGGCAGCGAGCAGGGGUUCAAGGCAAGACGACCACGGACUGGGCGCACCAUGACUUACAUGGCUAAACCGGCCUGUGUGGGAGCCACCUCCAAAAGCCAAGCGGCUCCACUCUGCCAGAUCACAGUCCGCAUCGGUGAGGAAGCCAUUGUCAAGCAGCGGAUCUCCGAAACCGACCUCAUGCUCGACAAGAGCAGCCAGGUGGGAGGCAGGUGCCUGGAUUUCAGCCGGGAUCCGAGCAGCGAGAAACUACAUCACUCCCUCCUGUCUCUGACACUCCACACCAAGCGGGCCAAGAGGGUGUUUGCGAACAAGAGCGGCGAGGAAGACAGUGACCGUGGAGACACAGAAGACCAACUCUGGCGCCCCUACUACAGCUACAAACCCAAACCGAAGCCCGGUGGUGUUGGCAACGCCCUGCCGAAGGCGAAGAAGUCACGGUGGCUGCACAGGCUGCGUUCCCUGCGCUGGAUGAAGUGGUCGGAGGAAAGCAAGGAGGAGAGCCGAGUGGGACCUCACCAUCCAGGGUCUGUUAAAGUAUCCAGGGGACAGGGCGCUGACUCUGACCGGUAUGAGAUGGACCGGCCGGUCAAAGUGGGGGGCAGGCGGGGCGGUGAAUGGAAGCAUGAGUGUAGCAUUUGCAGCAAACUCUUCUCGGCCCUCAAGAAACUGAAGAAGCAUGAACGGGUCCAUACCCGCCUCGCCAACGAUGACCAGGCCCUGGCGAUCUUGAUGGCUGCCCCUCACCGGGUGGGCCGCAAGCCUCUGGUGAAGUUUGCCUGUGCCCACUGCACAAAGGUCUGCAAGACUGCAGCGGCCCUGAGCCGCCACAUGAAACGACAUGAGGGCCAAGAGGAGGUCCCCCUGCCGGUGCUUACCACGGUCACUGCUUACUCCAAGAAGACCCCCGAGGUGCCCCUGCUCACCCCUUCCCCAGUGGUCAAGGAAGAGACCACCCAGGAGAUGCAAGUGUCGUCUUCCAGCGGGGAGGUGCCUGGAGGCCAGCCAGAGGUCCCCAAGGAGGGCUGUGCAGAAAUGGUGCCCUACAACAGGCACACCCCUCGGCCUGAAGAUGAAAACCUGUUGCCGCCAGGGGAUGUCAAGUCCCCUUUCCACAAGGAGCUGCCUGCCUGCUCGCCACCACUACAGGCCACCAUGACCACCACUAGCCUUGCCGACCUGCUGCCAGAUCUGCCCUACUCUCUUAAGGACCCCAUCAUCUCUCACACCGGCCUGGUCCAGAAAGAGAUCCUGGCAUCCCAGGAGAUGGAAAGCAACCGAUACCCAGUCCAGGAGUACCCCUUACCCCUGCUGGUGCCCGGGAGUUGCCGGAGCAGGAAGGAGGUGGAAGACAAGGCCUCGUUCCUGGCUUACCCCAGCGCCAUCCAGUUCAGUGCCAUCAGCAAGGCCGGGAGCAGUGGUGGCGAUGGCAAAGUCAGCUUCUACCCUGAGCCGUACCCGCUGAUGUACGGGCACCAGCUGCUGGCCACCUACCCCUACAAUUUCACCCUGCCAGUGGCUUUGAACAUGGUCAUUCCAGAUGACAAGGGCCAGCCCUUGCCCUUCCUGUCCAACGUCUUCAGCUAUUCCAUGUACCCUUGCCAGGGUGUGUUGGGGCACAAGGGCCCCACCACCACCCACGGGGGCCUGGGGAUGGGCAGCUUGGCUCACGAGAGCCGAGGAGACCCGGCGGGGCCCGAUAGGCUGAAGAAAGGCGGGCUCCUUUGAAGGACAGGGCAGGAAAGGGUCACCCGGAUUAAGGGGCAUGGAAGAAAGGCAAGGCAGAGGAGUGGCCAGUCUCUGCCCCUCUUCGGUUCUGAGAAGGGAGAGGGCAUGCUUAGGAGAACCGUUGUGGGGGUGGGUGGGUGAGUGCGGAGGGGGCCCCCCUAAAUUGGGGGCAGCUAGAAGAGAAACACCCCCACCCCCUUCCUAUCAGUGGCAUUUCACAUGGGGCACGUGUCAUAGAGAAGACUUCUUUAAACAAAAAUAGCAAAUAUAGGUACAGGGUACCCUCUUCCCUCCCACCCACGCCUGGUUCCUAACCCUCCCCACCCCCUUAUGAAUGUUGUUUGUAGACACAAAUAAGAGUGAAUUUGCACAAGGAACCGCUCUUCACCCCUCUGACUCACCGCCUCC